AUUUGAUAAGGCAAGUCAAGGUACAGCGGUACCGUGUGUUUGGAGUCCUCAUUUUAUCCCCCAUUUGAUCCUAACUGUUUUAAACUCGCUUUUAUGUGACUGCAUACCUGUACUUAUUCUGCCAGCAGCUCCACGCGAAACGUUUGUUCCUGACAAGGCUAAAUCUAAAAUUCGGAUGAACAAGAUGCACACCUGAAAUCAAAUACCUAGAAAACAUUUACGCCACACAAUAAGCUUUAUGGUGGAAUUUGAAAAAAUAUGGUGUUCCACUUUACCACUGAGCUAAUGAAUUUCUUUAUGACUUGAAAAAAUAUGUCAGCUUAUCGAAUGUAUCGUUUACUUUAUCAAAAGUUUCAUUUCUACAACUAUAACAUUCAGGGAAGAUUUUUCAGUAAAUCAAAUUAUAAAAUUACUACAUUAUUUGAAAAUGCAACAAAGCAGGAUAUUUCGAGAUCAUACAUUAACUCUGUUUUAUCACCAUUAGGUGAUUUUACUGUUUCAGUUAGUGAUUGUAGAGAUAUGAACAACAACUUACCUUCAACUCACUUAUCAUUUUGGCCUUGUCUUCUGAACUACGCUGGUUAUCAUGAUUGUCCUGAAUUAAGAAGAUCAUUAACCAACUACAUUUUGAGUGAUAUAAAUGAACAUAGCAAUGCUACAUUAAUGUGUACAUUAAAAUUGUUAGGCAUUCAAGAGCGUUAUACUGAAUUCAAAAGUUUGUACGAUUAUCUUUUGCUUCGAUUAAAUGCCGUAGAAAAAAAAGUUUUUCAAAAUGAUAUAGCAAAAUCGGUCGCACGGACGCCGUUUUGGAGAGACACACCUGAAUUAUUAUUCUCUUCAGAAACGAAAAAAUGUGAUAAUUCAGCAAUUUAUGAACAAAUGUGUUCUUCCUCCUUAAAAUUUGGUACUAUCUCUUCUUUUUUUGAAUGUAUGCACAAACUAAGUGGUUCACCACGAGAAAAUGUUUUCUAUGAAUUUUUUAAUAAGUUAAAUGGGCUAGAAGAAGAAGAAUCUGUUCGUUUAGUCAGUCAGUUAUUUCAAAUAAUGCAAACACAUCGAUGGAUAAUUACUUAUGAGAUUGCUGAAUGUAUUCAACGUUGGUUUGCAAAUUUGAAGCAUGAACGUUGGUCAGGAGUUUUAUCUGCAUUUGUUAAUAGAGGCUAUCUAUGUUCAGUAUGUAGAAAAAGUCUACCACCACCAGACAUGUCACAGUUUCAUUUUUCCCAAAUGGCUGAUACAUUUUAUGAAACAGUGAUAAAGGGUACAGAUAUUGAAAGUUUAUAUCUAACAGCAACAUCGAAUGAAGUUAUGACUCUAAAACGAUUUGUUGAUUCUCAAAGUGAACCCUUAGACUGUAUUAUCGAUUUUAUGAAUCUUAUGAAUAUGCGCAAACUUUUCUCUUCCGAUUCAGCAGGAUUGCAGGUUGCUGAGGUUUUGAGACAGAUCAACAAAGAUUUCAAUCUUCGGCGUUUUUGUUUUGUCAGUAAAGGGAAUACGAUCAUACGCAAAUCAGAGUUUUGGAAUCCAAUUAAAAUGUUAGGAAAUCAGUUGGGUAUCUCUGUUCAAAAAUUCUGUACAAAUUCUUCAUCAGAAGACGAUGUAUUCCUCCUCUAUAUGGCGAUGAAGUCUGGGCCACAGUGUUAUAUAGUAUCUAAUGAUGAAUUCAAACAAUAUCGUUUUUCAUCAGGUCCAGAACUUGGAGAACAAAUUUCUCGGUGGCAGUCUCUCAGACAACUUGUACUACAACCUCGUGGUCGGAUAUACCAAAAACCCUCAAAGUGUGACUUGUGUAUACAUGGUAACCUAGAAACCGGUUGGCACAUCCCUUAUUAUAAAGGGCACCACCAGAAAUUCCACACUGCAGUCGAUUCGUGGCUUUGUUUACAUCGUUUGAAAUAAAUUUUUGCGGCAAGACAUUCGUUUUCAUAGUUCAUACCCUUAAACAAUUUUUAAGUGUAAAUACAUAACAAAAAAUAUUUUGAGUUCGUUGUCAAGUCUCAAGUUUACAUCAUAAUUUUCGUUUUAGUAGUUGG